UAUUUUUUACUUCAAACUGAACACUAAAAUUCUCACCAAAUAUACUAUAAAAGUAAAAAAAAUUGUUUACAUAUAUUUGCUUCACGUAAUACAACCACGAAUUAAUAUUCAUAGUGACGCCAACUAGAGGUUUUUAUCGGGAUGACGGCCAUACACGAGUCCCGGCGCAACCCGUUGCCCCUGCCUCCCAUCCAGCACGAGGAGCUCUACAACACCCCUCUCGUAUGGAAGGGAUACUAUCCUGGUUGGGAAGACACGGUUUGUGCCAACUGCCGCCUCAAUAUGAACCAUACGCUUGCCAGUAUCCGAUGGAACCGCCACUUGAAGGGGCCACUAAGACCCACUCACUCGGUAGACUUGGCUCUCAGCGCCAUCUACCAGCACGGACCCGAGGACUUCCCGGACAAGACGGACGUCAUCAGACAGCCGGAGACUGUGGGGUAUCCGACCUGGCGUCUGCUGAGGAACAAGCGGCAUGAUCCGAAUGUUGUUCCUGUACAUCUAACCGAAAUCCAUGGAGGAACACGUGUUCCCUUCCAGUACGGGGAGACGAAGGCGGCUCAGUCAGCCAGACUCCACGCGGACCCCUGUACCAGGAGUGUGGACCCCUCGCACCCCCUGGUGUACGGUGGACUGAAGGACCGGCGUCAUCCCUUCCACAUCAAGCUGGGCAUCAGCUCUCACCACAGCCCUCAGAGCAACAAUGGGUUCAGCCGCAAUAGCUACGGGGCUUUCUUCACCAGCUAGACUCUCAAAAUUUGAUUUUGAAACACGUAAUAUAUUAAAAAAAUUCAAAUAAAUCUCUUUAUAUUUAAAAGCUA